AAACGAUAGUCGCAGGAACGUUAGAACUGUUUAGUUCCUCGUAUGGUUCCAACAUGUUAAAAAACGUAGUCCUCGUAUUUAUAUUUGUAGUAUGCUCCUUACAUUACUCUGAAUGCGCGGGGAUAUGUGGUGCCCGGAAGUUUGGUGUUUUAGCACCUUGCCAACCAACGUGCCAACACAAGCCUCCGCCUAUUUGCGUACCACACCCAGGAUGUUACUGUGAACAUGACCAGAUAUAUGACGAGAAAAAGAAACGGUGUGUUGACCCAGACGAAUGCCCUCCGGGAGGAGGAGGCGAUGGAGGAAGUUGGAGUUGGUCAGAUGGAAAUGGAGGGUCAGUCGGAUUCGGUUGGGAUGUUAGCGGUGGUGGAGGAGGAGAAGGAGAGGCAAAUGGAGAUGGAGGGGGAUCUGGUGGAGAAGGGGGAUCUGGUGGAGAAGGAGGAUCUGGUGAAGAAGGAGGAUCUGGUGGUGGAGAGGGAUCUGGUGGAGCAGGAGGAUCUGGUGGAGGAGGAUCCAGUGCAGGAGGAGGUGCUGGUGGAUCCUUUUCAGUCAAAGGAUCAGUAGACAUCAAGUCCGUGUUACAAAGGAUAUUCAGUUUGCCUAUAACGCUGCCCAGGACAGCAAUUAAAACUUAUGCGAAGAUUUUCUGGUCUGUUAUUACGCUGAAUUUCCGAGCUCUUAGAUUACCUGCCUCUGUAGCUAGUAAAGUAGGAAACUUUGCAGUGUCUACCGCAACGAAAGUGAUAGAACGUGUUUCGAACACUGCAUUAAAUUUUGGAUCAUUUAAUGCUGAUGUAGCGUCCAAAGCUAUUGGAAGAGUCAGAAGCGUAAUAUCGUGGGUUAUUCGAACAGCAGCGCGCACCCAAAUAUUUGGCAUUCAAACAGGAUUCAACUCUGUCAACGGGAUUAGAAAAAUCAUUUCUGGUGUCAUAGGAGGCAUAAUCAAAUUACAGAUUAGAGGCUUGAGUAUUGGCGGCGGUGCAGUCGAUGGCGCUGUAAAUUUCUUACACAUACAGCAGAUAUUUGAUAGACUAACUAAACUUCCAGGACUCAGACAGGCCAAGGGUGGAUUUGAUCAAAUACGUAACUGGUUUAUGAUUGUAAUCAUGCAGAAUUGUAAGGAAAUUGGCAAUUUCAUUAGUGGCAUUGUACUUGACAAUCAGAAGUUCUUCAUACCUAUAUUUGAAAGAGUAUUGAAUGUCUUCCUAGCUUUUACAGAUGCUUUACAUCAGCUUACUGAAGGUGGAGAAUGUACAGGCUUGUGCGCAACUCUUGUUAAACUCCGUAUCAAAGCAAAGGAGGUUUCUGGUAAACUUUAUGAUGGAACAUCCUCUGGUAGUGAUUCAUCCAGUAACGAUUCAUUUGGAGAUGGAGACGUUGAUUCUUCUAGCAACGACUCAUCAGAAAAUGGUUCAUCGGAGGAUGGAGAUGGUUCUUCUGAAGGUGAUCCCAACCAGGAAGGUGAUGACAAUGCAGGAGCUGAUAAUGACGCUUCAGGAGGAGCUCCAGAAGAUGAAGAAUCAUCAGAUGGUGGCAACGAGUCAACAGAAGAUGGUGCCUCUGAGGGAGAUCCCUCCGAAGAAGUAUCUUCUGACGGUGGCCAGUCCGACGGAGAUAAUGAAGAUGGUUCAAAUAACGAAGAUGAUUCUGCAGGCGAAGAAGAAACUUCAGUAGAUGAGGAAAAUUCAGACAGUGGCAAUGAGUCAUCGGGAGAUGAUUCAUCGGAGGACGGUGAUGGUGGCCCUUCCGAAGGAGAAGAUGGAGGUGGAUCAAAUGAGGAAGGUGGUUCAUCUGGAGAAAUUUCCGAAGAUGGUUCAUUGGAAGAUGGUUCUACAGGAGAGGAAGAUGAAGGGUCUUUAGAUAGUGGCAAUGAGUCAUCAGGAGAUGGUUGGUCGGAGGAUGCUACCUCUGAAGGCGGUGAUUCGUCUGAAGAAGAUGAGGCUGAAUCAAAUGAGGAAGGUGGAGAAAUUUCGGAAGAAGAUAAAGGAGAGGAAAGAGGAUCUUCAGAGGGAGAGAAUGAAGGUAGUUCAAAUGAUGGUGGUUCAUCGGGAGAAAUUUCGGACGGAGGCGGGUCAUCGGAAGAUGGUUCUACAGAAGGGGAAGACGAAGGACCUUCAGACAGUGGCAACGAGUCAUCAGGAGAUGGUUCGUCGGAGGAUGCUACUUCUGAAGGCGGUGACUCGUCCGAAGAAGAUGAAGCUGGAUCAAAUGGGGAAGGUGGAUCUUCUGGAGAAAUUUCGGAAGAAGAUGAAGGAGAGGAAGGAGGAUCUUCAGAGGGAGAUAAUGAAAGUAGUUCAAAUGAUGGUGGUUCAUCCGGAGAAAUUUCGGAAGAAACUGGGUCAUCGGAAGAUGGUUCUACAGAAGGGGAAGUCGAAGGAUCUUCAGACAGCGGCAACGAGUCAUCAGGAGAUGGUUCGUCGGAGGAUGCUACCUCUGAAGGCGGUGACUCGUCCGAAGAAGAUGAAGCUGGAUCAAAUGAGGAAGGUGGAUCUUCUGGAGAAAUUUCGGAAGAAGAUAAAGGAGAGGAAGGAGGAUCUUCAGAGGGAGAGAAUGAAAGUAGUUCAAAUGAUGGUGGUUCAUCCGGGGAAAUUUCGGAAGAAACUGGGUCAUCGGAAGAUGGUUCUACAGAAGGGGAAGACGAAGGAUCUUCAGACAGUGGCAACGAAUCAACAGAAGACGGUUCCUCGGAGGACGGUACCUCUGAAGGUGACUCUUCUGACAGUGACUCUUCUGAAGGAGGAGAGGAGGGUGAUUCAAGUGACGAAGGUGAUUCAAGUGACGAAGGUGGUUCGUCCGGCGAAAUUUCAGAAGGAGCUGGGUCAUCAGAAGACGGUUCUACAGAAGAGAAAGAGGAAGGAUAUUCAGACAGUGGCAACGAAUCAACAGAAGACGGUUCCUCGGAGGGCAGUGCCUCUGAAGGUAACUCUUCCGACAGUGACUCUUCUGAAGGAGGAGGUGAAGGUGAAUCAAGUGACGAAGAUGGUUCAUCCGGUAAAAUUUCAGAAGGAGCUGGGUCAUCGGAAGGCGGUUCUCCACAAGAGGAAGACGAAGGAUCUUCAGACAGUGGCAACGAAUCAAAAGAAGAUGGUUCCUCGGAGGACGGUACCUCUGAAAGUGACGCUUCUGACAUUGAUUCUUCCGAAGGAGCAGAUGAAGGUGAAUCAAGUGAUGAAGGUAGUUCAUCUGGCGAAAGUUUAGAAGGAGCUGGGUCAUCGAAAGAUGGUUCUACAGAAGAGGAAGGCGGAGGAUCUUCAGCCAGUGGCAACGAGUCAACAGAAGACGGCUCCUCGGAGGACAGAGCCCCCGAAGGUGAUGAUGCCUCUUCCGAGGGAGAAGGUGAAGGUGGCUCAAACGAGGAAGGUGGAUCGUCUGGAGAAAUUUCGGAAGGAGAUGGGUCAUUGGAAAAUGGUCCUGCAGGAGGGGAAGGAUCUUCUGAUACUGGAGAAGGUAGUUUAAAUGAAGAAGGUGGUUCUAUAGGAGAGGAGGGAGGAUCUUCAGAUAGCGGAAAUGAGUCAUCAGGAGAUGGAGAGGAUGAAGGUAGUGCAAAUGAAGAAAGUGGUCCAUCUGGAGAAAUUUCGGAUACUACAGGAGAAGAUGAAUCUUCAGGCAAUGGCAAUGAGUCAACAGAAAAUGGGUCUUCUGAAGGAGACUCUUCUGGUGGUGAUUCUUCCGAGAGAGAAGGUGAAGGUGAAAUAAAUGAGGAAACAGGAAAGGAAGAUGAAGAAUCUUCAGAUAGCGGCAAUGAGUCAACAGGAUAUGGUUCCGAAGGGCAAGAUGAAGUUGGAUCCAAUGAGAAAGGUGGAUCAGUUGGAGGAAUUUCGGAAGGAGGUGGGUCAUCGGAAGAUAGUUCCGCAGGAGAGGAAGUUGAGCAGGAGGAUGAUGCCGCUGAAGGCGCCUCUUCUGAUGGAGAUGAUAAUUCUGAAGGUAGUUCAUCUGGACAAAUUUCAGUUGGAGGCGAUUCAUCUGAAGGCGGUUCCAGUUCCAGUUCCAGUGGGGAAGGUGAUUCGUCUGGAGUAAUUUCUGUUGGAAGUGAGUCCUCACGGGAUGAUUUAACAGAAGAUGAUGCAUCUGGUGCCUCAUCUGGAAUCAAGCUAGAUGGAGGAGGAUUUGGUAAUUUAAUCGGUUCAUCUGAAGGUCAGUUAUCGGCAGGUGGCCACUUUGAAGGCGGAAGCAGUUCUUCUGGAGGAGGAUCGGCUGGUAGUGAAUCAUCUGGAGGUGGAGGUUCUUCUGAAAGAGCUUAGAAGAAAAUCAUAGGUCAACCGUACAGUGAAGAUAUAAUUACUAAUUCUCUGAUCAUAAUUUAAAGUUAAAAUUGCUCAAAUUCACUUGUACCUACUUUAUAUUAAAUAGUUGUUCUAAUAAAUCUAAAAAAAACAA